CCCACAGAUUGACCUACUUCAAAGUAACCAGGAAGGAUCUAGCUGGUACUAUAACUAUGUAUUUACCGUUUAAAACGUGAUAAGUAGUGGCCCAACAUGAGCUGUACUGUUGAGGAAGAUGACAUAGAAACUGAAAAUCCAGAUAAUAUCGAGGUUGAUCCACGAGUUCAGGAUGAGCUGGAGAAAUUAAACUGUUCAUCAGAUGAGAUAAACAAACUAGAGAUUCAGCUGGAUGAAGCUCGGAAUAAGUUCAAGACCACACUCGAAGACUCAACCCAGAAGCUCAACCAGAUCUACAAGAGCUCUAAACGAAACAUUGAGAAGUCAAGACCUUAUUAUGACAGUGUUAAAACAGCAAAAGAGGCACAGACUGCAACCCAGGAAGCUGCGAGACGCUAUCAGAGAGCAGUUGGUGUGUACAGGGCAGCCAAGGAGACAGUCUCCCUGGCUGAGGAACGUAUGAGGGCCACAUUGAAGGAGAAUAGGGAGUUUGAUCCUGCCUGGCAAGAGAUGCUUAAUCAUGCAACUAUCAAGUUUAUGGAUUCAGAGAAGGAAAAGACACAGAGUGAAAGGGACCAUCUUUCCAAGUCCAUGCACCUCAGUCAGGUCCAACACCAAGUGCUUAUACUUGAGAGAAGUCAUAAGAAUAACAUAAGGAAAUCAAAGGCCUAUUUUGACAUGAAGUUUGCAGUUGAAGGAAAAUUAGAGGAACAAAAGAAAAAUGUAGAAGUGCUGCAGAAGUCUGUCAACGAGGCCAAGAAAAGAUACUCAUCUGUUUUACAAUGCUUGGAAACUAUAUCUGAACAGAUUCAUGAGAAGAGACAGAGCAAGGUGUGGCGAGAGGCACGCACUCCAGGUGUCGGGGCAGAUAGCGAUGAUAUGUCUGAUAUAUAUGAAUUCAAUAUAGAUAAUUUAGGUUUAGGUAUAGAUUUCGAUGGAGACCUAUGUAGCGAACCAACUAAGAGUAAUACUGGCACAACAGACUCUCUCAAUGCAAGUUUAUCUGGCUUAGACUCCAUAGAUGGUCUUCCAACCAAGAGAAGCUCACUAUUUACUGAAGAUGACCCUGAGAACUGCCCAUGUCCAGUGUGUGAAGACCGUCAGAAAAAUUCUGUUGGUGAAGGUCAAAUAUCUGACCAUGAUUACUUGCCAUUGCCAGCUGGAGCGUCAGCUGGCCCGUCACCAAGCACUUCAGUCUCACAUAUGACAUCACAGGAUGGCUUAGAAAGCAUUGGUGUAUCUUCAAACACAUCACUCAGUAAUAUAUUGGAUAAUAUACCCCAUAAUGAGGCUGAUACUGAAAAUGAGGCUCAUGAUCAUAGUGAGGAUUAUAAUGAAGAUGAGGCUGGUAAUAAUAUGACUAAUGUUAAUGUUAAUAUUAACACUGUUGAAGCAAUAGAACCUCCAAAUGACAGCAUUAAUGAAAAGAACAUUCCAGAGAAUGAUGCAGUAUUUGAAAAUGAACCAGUUAAAGAGACAUUCCAAGAGAAUGAGAAAGUCUGUGAUACUCUGGUAAUGGCAAUAUUGGACACAAAUGAGAAUAUUCCUAAAAUCAAAAUAGAAGAAAAUGCUUCUGGAAUAAAACAACAAGUUAUUGAAGAAGCAGGCAAGCAUUAAUAAACACUUUUUAUAUGAAUUUCAAUAUUGUCUGUAGUGACUUGAAUUUUAUUUUAAUUUAUUUAUGGAAAGAAUGCUUGUUAUACUGUAGAUUUUGAUGUAAUACAAUUUUUUGUUGAUUUUCAGCAAUUUUAUAUAGUAUCAGUAAGUAGUAACUACUGACCAAAUGAUUGUAAGCCAUACGGCAUACUGUCAUAAUAGACUUUUAAAAAGUUGUUGAAUGUUUUUAUAUGUGAUGUUUUAAUUUUUUCUUGGAAGUUGGUUGAUUAUAUUCAAUUGUAUUUUACCCACUUAGGGUAUUUAGUUAGUAGAUGUAUAUUACUACUAUUAUGUAGUAUAUGAUAGCUAUAUUGUAAUGAUAUGCUGAUAUACAAAUUAAUUGUAUUUUUUAUUACUUUGGAUAAGGUAACGAGGAUUGCAUUGUAGAGAAAUGUUUUUAUCAGAAUUCACAUGUUUUAUUUCCUCAUAUUGUUGCUUAGUAAUUCAUCCCCAUGGUCCUAUGACAUCAUAUACAUCAAAAGAUUGACUCGAGAGCCAACAUGUAUAAUAAUAACUCUAUAUAUAUCAUCUCUUUUAUUUCUGACUGAUAUAUGUUAUUACCUGAAUUAUCUUCAUAUGAAAAGAAUGUGACUAUAUUUAUUUGAAAGACUAAGAAAUGCAUUGAUCAUGAGAUAUCUUGUUUUAAAACCUAAAACAAACUUACGGAAUACAAGCUAGAUGGACAUCUUCAUCUGAAAUCAACAUUUCUCUACCAUUUCGACAAUUGAUCAAGCUGCAACAUUACUGGAUAAGUCAACAAAUGAAUUCUAAUAUAUAUUUUAAUUGGUCAUUAGAUAACUUUAUUUUUCAGCAUUCAAGACUAUAGUAACCCUACAAUACUCACUGACCAGGGCUCUUCUAGGCAUUAUUUGAGGUUGUGCAGUAUCACUUCAAACUAUUCUUUAUUAGGCCAAUAUUAAAAUGAAAUGUGUCAACAUUAUAUGUACAUUCCACACCCAUAAAAUGUAAUGCAUCUACAUGGUGUCCACACCCAUAAAAUGUACUGAAGUUUUCUGCAGUGAACCAUAGAUAUGACUGAUAUAUAAACUGGAUGUUUAAGUGUUCCACUUUAAGAGGUGUUCCACUUUACAGGU